AUGUCUCACUCAUCUCUCAUUAUCUUUGUCUUGCUCUUACUGUUCUCUGCUCAAUUCAUUCAAUCAGAACAAACCAAGGACGAAUCCAUCAACCAAUUAAUAUCUGCUUGUAGAGGUUAUAUUCCAUCACUUCCAAGAGAAUUAGCCACCUGUCAAUGGUAUAACCCAAACAGUUGCUGCACAGUUGACAGCUCAAAGAAAAUUAAACAAGGUUGGGAAAGUCAAAGUGGAAGAAACAGUGGCUCAUCAAAUGUUACCAUUCCUCAAUUCCUUGUUGAAGCUUUUGCUGGUGGAUGCUUAGAUGAGUUGCAUCAAUAUAUUUGUUAUUUGUGUUCUCCUGGACAAACCAAUUUCAUUGAGGAAAAGAUUCAAAUUCUGGGUCAGAAAUCUAUCUUGUACUUGUGUUCAUCAUUCUGUGACAGAUUGUACAGUAAAUGUGCUCUCGUUCCAGUUACAAAUGGAAAACCUGUCAUUACCUCUUAUGCAAGUGGAAAGGAUUUUUGUGAAAGUGGUUUGAAUGAUCCUUCCAAUCAAUUGCAAAUCAAGGUCAGAGAUGCCAACUGUUUCAAUAAUGCAGGUAUCUUGAAAGCUUCCGUAUUGGUUAUUGUUGCAUUAUUGUCUGCCAUGUUAUUGACACUUUAA